UCGCGCACGACUGCGCAAGUUUCUCACAGAUCACCCAGGAAGCCAAACAGGAAGGAACUAGUGGUCUGUUGGCGAAACUGAACAAUAUGGCAAGCUAUUGCAAAGCUUUCGUGUUGAUCUGCUUGGUUGCUUUGCUAGCAACUUGCACUCUGGUGGCGUCCAAAGAGUUCGGAGUGGUGAACACCGUGCCUUCAGCAGAGUUUGAAGACUUCAUCGGAUCUCCCAGCACACUAACCGCCGUCUACUUCUACAAGCGACGACUGCAGCGACUGAAACACUUUCUGGAAUCAUUUGAUGCUGCCGCAAGCUUCAUGAAACUGUACCAGGUGCAGUUUGGAAGGGUAAACUGUGACAUUGACCCAGUGGCCGCAUACUGCGACAAACCAGACGUGGACAUGUCAGUCUUUGCCUUCAGAAAUGACCGUGUGGAGGCAAAGUUUGCUCUGGACACCAUGUAUGAUAGAGAUGCCAUCGCAUCCAACAUCUUCCAAGUGCUGCUGUCAUCAGAAGUGCCUGUGCUGCAGUCUUGGAUCGACCUGAGUCACCAGCAGCAGAGGUACAUGGGAGACAAGGACAUCAUCUUCAGCUGGCAGAAGGCAAUUGGAACAUACCAGCACAGAGUGUUCAUGGAGUUUGCCUUCGCCUAUGGUUCCACCUACAAGUUUGUCUUCGCAACAAACAAGAAAGUUGCAGAGGAAGCUGAUCUCAGAGAUGCUAAAAGUGUGAAAGAGCCGGCCAUCUGGGUUCUACACUGCUCCGAGGAAGAGAAGACAGCCAAGACAUGUCGUCAGACGAGGUUCCAACACUCAAUCGUUCUCGCGGAUGUCCUGGCUUUUGUGAGGACUCUCAAGACACCUUACUAUGUGGACAUGCCAAUCAACCAAGAGCCCACUCCGUAUGAAACGAUGAACCUGCACCUUGUGUAUGUGGCAACAGACAACAGUAACGAACACGAGGCCAGGGAGGUGGCAGACAAGCUGGGCAGGGCACUGAGGGGCCAGGCUGGAGUCAUCCUUCUCAAUGUAGAUACUGCUUCUGAGAUCACCCUGGAGAGUUUGGCUACAGACACAGAGAGACUGAGGGAAGUGCCUGUUGUUGCUGUUCAACUCUAUGGUCAGGAAAGUCUGGACCAGAAUGAAACAGCAGAGAAACCUAUGGACACCAUGCACUUCAUGCACCACUUCAGCGAGGGCCCUUUGGUGGAGGAUCUUGAGGUAUUACUUUCUGAACACAGAAGAAGCACUGAGAGAAAGAAGAUCAUUCAAGAUGAAGACGAAGGCUUUGAUGAACCAGAUUUUUCAGCAAAACUAGAGAAAUUUUUUGCAGAUUUUUCGGCAAAGGGAGAGACUUUUUGGGGGCCCUCAUCAGAUGAAGAAGUCCAGGAUGAUGUAGUAGCGGAGGCUGUGUACCGAGGCAGGUACGCCCAGCUGGACCUCACGUACGCCCCCGCCCUAACCGACAAGACCUUCCCAGCCAUGCUGAAGGAGAAGUCGCUGCUAGUCGUAGUCUUCUACCUGUCAUGGGAGCCAAGAUCAGCUGCAUUCCUGUCAUCCUACUCUGAGGCAUCCUUGGAUUUAAAAGAUGAGCCGUCCAACAGCAGCCCGCUGGCCCGCGUGGCGUGUGAUGACUGGCCGGACGUGUGCCAGCUGAACAACGUGUCCAGUUACCCCGUCACGAAGGUGUACCGUGAUGGUCAGUACCUGAAGGACUACAGGGGCAUGCUGGACACAACUGCUCUGGUCAACUUUGUCAAGCUUCUCCAGCUGCCAGCCCCAGUAGAGCUGAAGACUGUGGAAGAGGUGACAAACUUCAGAGAACAUGUGUUGUCAGCAGGGGCCACUGACACAGCUGUACUGGGACUGAUGGGGCAGGAGGAUCAAGCAGAGAUAGAAACUUUCACAUCUGCAGCCCGAGAACUACAAGGGCUCUUCAUUCUGGGCCUGGUCAAAGACAAGGCACUGGCUCAAGAAGUUGGUUCCAUGUAUGGCUCCUCAGUACCAGGUGUGGUAGUGGUGAAGAGGGAUGACCAGUACCAGCCCUUCAAACUCUUCUCUGGCAAGAUCUUUCACAAACCCAGCCUCGUCAAAUUCAUCCAGCUAGCCAGCCUUCCUGUAUUCCCUGAGCUGACCCCAAAGAACUUCCCCUCGUUCUUCAUCCAAGACAAACCGUUUGUGAUUCUAUUUGGAGGGAGGGGGGAAGAGCUGGAGUCUGUCGGUCAGAUUGCUGCAGCAGAAGAACUUCCUGUUGUUUUCUGCCAGAUGAACAUGGUCAGUCCAGCCUCUUGGGAGCAGACUUUCUCCAGUUCUAUGUGCCAAAUGCUGGUCUUCCUGCACUGGUCAUGGUCAAGCACAAGACGGGAGGAGUGUUUGAGUACCCUUACCCCGAUGACCUCUCAAAGGACAAGGUGACUGCCUGGGUCCGUGGCUGUGAGAAUGGUGACAUCUUGGCCAACAAUGAGCUGCAGGAGGAGAAAUGGGGACCCAUGAUGCCUGGCUACGACUUCCUGGCUUUCAUCGACUCAGAGGGAGACUCUGCCAAGCAGAGGAACGAGCGUUCCAUUCACCACGACGUGGCAGACAUUGAGACGGAGGGGAUCGAGCCUGAAGACGAGGAGGUGCCUGAGGAGGAGGAGGUCCCUACUGAAGGAUCCAGGCUCAGCAAACCUGACGUCAAACUUCACAAGCACACAGAGCUUUGAUGUAACAAUCACUAACAUUUAUCUGCUGGGGAGCAUAUAUUUACCAACAUUCCAAAAAACGGUGUGUCUGAGAGAUCUCUAAUUGCAUUUUCCCCAGGCUUGCACAGUGAAGUUAUACAGGAAUGUAUUUUACUGGGAGAUGUUGCAUUGGAGAUGAUCUAUCAAGACAAUUUUUUGGGGUGGGGGGGUCUAUAUUACCUGGUGGUGUUAUGUUGGUAGACGUUAGAUGCUUGUACAGGUGUACACAGGGAAGUUAUACGGGCAAUGCAUUUUUCUGGGAGACAUUGCAUUGGAGAUAGUCUUUUCAGGGUGGGUGUGUCUAUAUUACCAGGUGAUGUUAUGUUAUUGAUGUUAAGAUAUGAUACACUGUGCCAGACAUGAAAGGCAUUUAUAUGAUAGUAAGCUUCCAACAACAUAUGGGACCAAGAGAUACAUGUGUAACUUCUUAUACACUAAAAUUCAAGUCUGUAACAUAUUUUUCUGCUUAAGAGUCUUUGGUUUUGUCUACAAGUGCCUUAUUUUCAAGUAAAUGGUGUAAGAAUUGAUAAAGGGUAAAGAAGAAUUUCUAGAUACUAGUGAUCAAUAGUGACAAUUUGAUUUCGAUGUAUGUUGACAUUUGGGUGUACAUUUUCAUAAUACAGGAACAGGAGUGUAUUUAUUCAGUCAGGUGAACAUAUUCUAUAUUUUUGAGGCAUUCUAUUUUACAGAGAAAGGUGUUUAUAACAACUACAUGUAUGUUUAUUAAGACUUUUGCACAGGGUGUGCUCGUGCUUGCUGGUGUUAUAUUUAUAUUGUGAGGGUAUAGGUUUCAGGAACAAAGCUAUUUCCUGACACUGUAUUUUGAUACUAGUGUUGUCUUGAAGACGAAUACAUAAAACAUGCAGUAUUUUGACAUUACAUAUGGUGUCCUGAUGAUGUAGUCUCACUACCCAGGAAUGUAACAAAUCAAAAACAGUUUACUGGUGCUUUUCUCUGAAUUGAUACCAAAGGACUUGCCAUGCAACUAAGUGAACGGCCAGAUGAGAUUUUUGUGUACGCAGCACUACCAAGAUACAAAAUGUAUGUCUUAUGAUGAGUAAACAUUCAAUGUAGCUACAUGUACAUGGAAAAUAUUAAAGGCUCACAUUACCAUGGAGCCUACUUCAAGCAACUGUUGGUCAAAGUCUAUGUAUUCUGUACAUCACAAACUCUCUCUUAUCUAGUUUUUGAUGUACAAUAUAGACUUUGACCUGCUGUUACAGUAGCUCUUAUUACUCCAGGGUAACGGGAGCCUUAUGUAUAGGCGAGAAAGAGUAAAAUAUGUACAUGUAGUUUUGUGGGUGAUAUAAGCAAUAAGCCAUACUAGCUCUUAGUCUAGUGUUUGCUUAUUUUCUGGUAACAAAUACAAUGUACAUUUUAUCAUUCCCUGUAUCAAACCUUAUAUUUUACCAUGCAGAGAGAUUGGAACUGUGAAAAAAAAACAAAUUUAUAGACAUAUGGAUAAGCAUUAGGGAUAAGGAAGGUUUGUUUAGGUGCAAUAAAAUAAUUGUGGAUUAAAAAAGAAAA